GUAGCUGCCAAUAUUAUUUAAAAAGUCAUCCAUGGGUACCGGCGUAUCAGGGAGUUAUAACGUUUUUUGUGUUGGCCAAUUUCACAUUGGCAACAUUUAUGGAUCCAGGUGUAAUACCAAAAGCAUCCCCUGAUGAAGAUCGAGAAGAGGAAUUUCGAGCGCCUCUAUAUAAAAAUGCCGAAAUCAAUGGCAUUACGGUGAAAAUGAAAUGGUGUGUCACCUGUAAAUUUUAUCGACCACCAAGGUGCUCACAUUGUUCGGUGUGCAAUCAUUGUAUAGAGACAUUCGAUCAUCAUUGUCCUUGGGUGAAUAAUUGCAUUGGUCGUCGCAAUUAUAGAUUUUUCUUUUUCUUUUUGGUUUCAUUAUCGAUACACAUGUUAAGCAUAUUUUGCUUAUGCUUAUUUUAUGUAUUAAAAAUUAUGCCAAAUAUAAGGCAUACAGCACCAAUAGUAUCUAUGGUUUUAAUGGGUAUUGUAACAAUAUUAGCCAUACCCAUAUUUGGUUUAACCGGUUUUCAUAUGGUCCUGGUGUCGAGAGGUCGCACCACAAAUGAACAGGUGACGGGUAAAUUUAAAGGUGGCUAUAAUCCUUUUUCGCGAGGAUGUUGGCAUAAUUGCUGCUACACUCAGUUCGGUCCUCAAUAUCCAAGUCUUCUCAAACCCGAUAAAUAUGCUGCACGUCGUUCACAUAAAGAAAAUCAAGCCAUUAGCACGAUAACCACUGAACGUGAUGCUAACAAUCAGCAAAAUUCGGCCGGCAGUAUUCGUGGCAAACCAGGUGCCGGUGGCAAUGGUGGUACGGGUGGUGGUGGCGGUGCCGGUGGUAUGCCAUCGGCCAAUAAUCAACAUUCACCCCAUGGAAUGCCUCGCAACUAUUAUGAUAGGGACCAGCGUCAUACACAGGUAAAGACUUAUACGGACCAGGGCAAUGGUUUUAAUCAGCGGUCGGGCAGCACAACGCUUUAUAGUAAGUUAUCGCCUGGUCGUGAAUGUUCUGACACCGAUAUGGAACCUCAAGCAUCACAGAGUCAAGAUUGUGAACCAACACCGCCCCUGCAACGACACAACUCGACGAAUUUCUUUUUGCCCCAAAUGGAAAAUGUCAAUGGGACAAUAUCAACGGGGCAGGGUAAUAAUACGGGUCAAAAUAAUGGUGGCGGUGAUUCACCGCGUCAUAUGCGCAUGUAUCAUCCCAGGCAUAGUCCCCUGGCCAGACAAAGGGGCCUCGAUCCACAGCGUGGUUUCAAUGAUGCCAUGUCACCAGAUCAUCCAAAUCAUAUAAGUCAACAACAACAGCAGCAGCAACAAGCACAAAAUCGUACGGGGACAACGGCUACACCCACAAUGCAGCAACGCAUGAAACCCUUGGGUGUAGCCACUCCACUAGUUAUGGCUAGUCCAGUUAGAAGAUCAAAUCCAGGCACACCCACACAGCCAAGAAGGCCGGAUUUUAUUGGCUUGAAUCAACAGCAGCAACAACAGCUGGCCAAUUCACAAAAUCCAACGCAGUCCUAUUAUGAGUAUACAACAAAUGUUGGUCCGGGACCGGGAUGUUCAUCGUCGUCAUCGUCAGGAGCGGCGGGUUUACCACCGCAACAUCCACAGUUACCCACAAUACAACAGCAACAACAAAUGCUAAUGCAACAACGUGCCAUAAUGCAGCAACAGCAACAAGGGGCUAUUAACAUCCAACAACAACAACAUGCCGCCGCCUUGGCGCAACAGCCAUAUGGAGGCAGUCCCCAACGUCGUUUUCUCUCCGAGGGAGAAUUGGUGCGUCAAAGCAGUGGUGCCAUGGGGCCGACAAUGGGCGAUCUGGCCUAUGCCCGUUCCAACAAUACGGUGGAUAAUAUACGCGAACUGGCCGGUAGCCCCCAGCGUGGUGUCUACAUGUGGAAGGAUACAUCUCCAGGUUUCCAAAAUAGUACAGGCGGCGGUGGUGGUGGUAUGAUGAUGCCACCACCAUCCUCAAUGGCUGGCGGCGGUGCAGGCACUAUGCCAACCAGCAUGCAACAUCACAGUACAGGCGGGCCUCAAUAUAUAACGGUGACGGGUGGAGGAGCACAACAGGGUCAUCCCCUGAUUAUGACACAUUCACGCAUGCAGCCAGGAGGAGGUGGUGUGAUCCAUGACUUCCAACAACAACACCAGCAGCAGCAGGCCCAUGGACCGCUAUUCCAUCGUUCAAAUCCAACUAGUCCAACAACAUUGCCUUCGGCCUCCUCAACAACUGCUUCCGCACCAGCCUAUAUGCUGCGCUAUGGCGGUGGUACUUCCACGGUAACAUCACAAUCCCAGCCCCAGCCGAUGGCCAGCUAUAGUCAAGCAUUGGGGGGUCCAAGUAGUAAUUCAUCUGGUGGUGGUGGUGGUCCGGCUGCACAAAGCUAUCAGCCCAAAAUCCACGGUGGAGUUCCCGUCUUUCCGCCCAAUCCUAACCCCUCAGCUGGUGCUGGUGGCGGCAUGUCAUCCUCCUCCAAUACCCAACCAUCGCCUCAAAUCAAACGCAAACAGACUCCCACCCGACCCAUGUCCUUUGUUAGAGCACUCGAAAUGACAGACUCUAUGGAAAUGCAAACGCUUGAGCAGCAGCAACAGCAACAACAACACCAUCAUCAACAUCAGCAGCAGCAACAGCAACAGAAUCGUAACAAUGGUGCCAUAAUGUCCGGUCAAGGUGGCGGUGCUGCCCAGCACAUAAUUGGCUCGAGGGCAAAUACCACCACGCCCACACCCGAUCGUGCCAGUGUCUAUGAUAUGAACUAUGAAAUUUCUGUAUAACCCGUGCUGGUACCGGUCGUUAUAGCUCCACCUGCCUCCACG